UUAUCUUCGUCUAGUCACUAGAUAUUUAUUUCAAAUUUAAUUACUAAAAUUGGACCCCAAAUGGACUUGCGAAAUUAUAUCUAUAAAUUAUACGCAGACCCCCUGGUCCACUCACAAGAUAUUAAAAUUAAAAAGUAACGUCUUCAUUAUUCCUUCCAUUUUGGCUUCAUAAAUGCAGUAUUUCAUUCGCAUUCGUUCGAUGAGCAAACAAGUGCUGCGAUACAUAAAAAAAGAAACCGGGAUUCGUAAAAAUUAAAAAAUUUCUCUUUCUCUCAUGCUGAUGACUGACUUUUAAACAGAAACAAUCGCGAUCAAAAAUUAAUAUUGUGAUAGUUUAAAAUAAUCGAAUUAGACACUACAAAAAUAAAUAAAAGAAGUGAAACUAAAACGUUGCAAAAUGGUUAUCAGUGAAAAGUGAAGAAAAAAAAAUUUAAUGCCAAAAAAACACAUGCGCAAAAAAAAAGAUUAUUUAGAAAGAAAGCAAUGAAGGAACAGAAAAAAAAUCUUGAGUGAACUCCUUUUAUGUGAAAAUUAUUAUCGUGAAAAAAAGAGAGUAAGAAGAAAGGAAAGAACCACUUUGAGAUAAUUUUAUUCCAUGUCAUGAAUUGUUUGUGUGUAAACUUAUCGUACAAUAGAAUUGUUGAAUUUUAAUGAACCGCAUCUGAGAGUACGGACAAGUUACAAAUAAAAAAACUAAAAUAAAAAGAGAGAAGAAUGAGUAAAUGGUAAUCAUAAUUGGGCAAUGAUUGUAAAUGGGCCUAAAUAAGCAGACAAAUUGCUAAAGAAGCUUAAACAAAACAACAUGUUUAUGUAUAAUUAAUGAUACAAGAAUAAGUACAAUUUCGUGAACAAAACGACGAUUAGAUCUCAAGACGAAGCUUAAAAUGAUAAUUUUAUGAUAACGGCAAAUGAUCAAAAAAAUAUCAUCGCCAUUUUGUUACAUGCUAGUUUGUUUGUUAACUGAGACAAGCAUCUAACGUUUACAUAGAUUAUGAUAAUUUAAUUGCACAUUGAGGGCAGUUUAUGAGCGGCAAUAGUUGAACAGUGUUGUGUGUUUACCCUCAAAAAAAAGUAUAGAGAAAUUAAUUAGUCAAAAAUAAAAUUAUUACAGUGAUAAUAGUUUUAAUCUAACCUUGUGAUCUAAAUUUUUGUAUUACCUACUAAACACGGAGUUAUUUAAUUAAAGUGAAGUUUUAAUAAAGCUCCUUAGCACAGUGAAUUUAAUUUAUUUUUAAACAGUUUUACGAAUAAUUACCACAGCAAAAUUGAAAAUUCUCUGAUGGGAGUUUGCAUUGAGGAGCGCCCUGUAAUGCAUUGGCAACAGAGCGCAAGAUAUUUUAGUCCACACGAGAGAAACAAUGCGAGUCCAACGACAGGGAAUCUGACAGUUUUAAAUUCAGCAUCAUCACAAUGUUACACACCGUUGGGUACGACAACAGCAGAUAAUCUUCUUCAUCGUCCAUCCUGCUUAACAUGCCCAACGAUCGGCGAUCAUAAUUGUAACGAACAUAUUCAAUCAUCAACAACAAUCUUACCUCCAAACACGUCAUCAACAGCCUCACAUUUUCAUCCAUUCCAUCAACAACAUCACACAAAUAUGCCACCGCAACAUCACAUUAUAUCACCUCAAUUAUCAUCAAAUAAAAAUUUAAUGACAAAUCAUCACGCAAAUAUGUUUGAUUCCUGCCAAAAUUUUGACCACGAGAGCAUAAGAAGAAGUCAGGACGAUAGUCUAGAUGGCAGCAGUGGAUUCAAUAGUUACUUCACAGAAUGUAAAAAGGAAACAAUUACACCACCAAAUAGCAUAAAUAACAAUAAUAAUAAUGAAUGUGAUGGAAGUGGAAGUCCAUCUGUACUACAACUAAAGACGGAACCAAUUGGAAAUCCAAGCAGUCCUGAAACAUCCAUCGAUGCACCGCCAACAUCAUCGUCGUCAUUAGGAAAUAAUGCGGAUGAAUGUGCUGGAUGUGGUCGAUUAAUUCAGGAUCGCUUUUAUUUGUCAGCAAUCGAUAAAAAAUGGCAUUCGGGCUGCUUGCAAUGUUGCGUUUGUGAGAAUGCACUCGAUAAACAAACAUCGCUGUUUUGUCGUGAGGGUAACAUUUACUGUAAAAAUGAUUAUUAUAGAAUUUAUGGUGCAAGAAGAUGCUCAAAAUGUUUAGCCUCAAUAAGCUCGUCAGAGCUUGUAAUGCGCGCACGUCACCUAGUUUAUCAUAUUCAAUGUUUUUCAUGUGCAAUCUGUAAUCAAGUAUUAAAUAAGGGAGACCAAUUUGGGGUGAGGAAUUCAGCUGUGUUUUGUAGGCUACACUUUGACAUCGAUCCAUCAACGCCAAGUCCAUAUUCGUGUUCAUAUACACCAUCAAAUGCAUUCUGUGAUUCGCCCAAUGCACCAUCAAGUCCAAGUGAGUUGACGAGUAUUGAGAGUGGAUUUUACGGAGCUCAACAUUUAAAUUCAUCGAAUGCAAACUCAAUAACGCCUCUGCCACAACAACCGAGACAAAAAGGCCGUCCAAGAAAACGCAAACCCAAAGAUAUUGAGGCAAUGACAGCCAAUUUAGAUUUAAAUUCCGAUUACCUUGAGCUGGGCUUUGGCCGUGGCAGUUUGGGAAGUGCAGCGUCACGUGCAAAACGUAUGCGAACAUCAUUUAAACAUCACCAACUGCGCACAAUGAAGUCAUAUUUUGCAAUUAAUCACAAUCCUGAUGCCAAGGACCUCAAGCAGCUAUCACAAAAAACUGGAUUACCCAAGCGUGUAUUACAGGUUUGGUUUCAAAAUGCCAGAGCAAAAUGGCGCCGAAUGAUGAUGAAGCAGGAAGGAAAAUCAAUUGAUGGUGAAAAGGGCGAAGGUUCGAUCGACCUCGAUUCAUAUAAUCCACAUAGUCCUCAAUAUAUGAACAUCACAUCACCCACGUCAUUAGAAUGAGAUGAGAAUUGUACAACAAAUAGUUGUGGAGUAUUAUAGUAGCUAGACUUCCCCUAUUUUUGUGUACAUAAUCGCAUAGACAAUUCUUAUUUAAAAUCUCUUACAAAGACUGUAAAAAACAUAAUUAAUUAUGGAGCUUCACGUGUGAAAAAUGAAGCACAAAUAUCAUCAACACUGUCACCGUCACUCAGAAAAUGAAAAAUAAAAAAUUCAUGCAUAUAUGAAGGGAAUCCGUUUGCCAAAUAUAAAAAAUUUUCACAAUUUAAAUUUCUUUCUUUUCUUAAUUAAAUUCACAAACGAAAAAGAACUGAGAAAAGAAAUUAAUUUGCAGUUAAGAGAAAUAAAUAAGUGAAUUAAUUAGAUUACACUUUAAUUGUCGUCGUCGUCACAUAAUAAUUGUGGAAGUUGAAACUUUUUUUUUUCUUCAAAUAAAUAAAAUUGAAGAUAAUUGCAUGAAUAUAUUAAAAAACAGAAGUAAUUGUUUAACCAGUUAUUGAAUUACCUUCACUUGUCCAAACAGUAAUUUUAUUUCACUAUUAAAAUAAUUCACUUUUUAACUUUGUAGUCGUUAAUUUAAAUUAAUUAUUAAUUAUAAAUUAAUUAAAAUGUGUAUAUUAAAGAAGUUUCAUUUUAAAGACUUGAAAUUACUGUUUGAUUGUUUUUAUGGUUGCAUAUUCAUCGAAAAAUAAAAUGAAAAAAUCGUACAUCAUAAGUCCUUAAGAUUGUUGUAAUAUAUUGUGCAUCUCUGUAAUCUUUAAACAUAUUAAAAGUUAUUAUUAUUAUUAAUAUUAUUUUAUGUAAGAUGUUCUUAGUGGAACUGGCGCUUUUUUUUUUCAAUUUAAUUCUUGAUGAGGGUGUUUUGCCAAGCAUCUUGGAUAUCUCCCUGAUAGCUUAAUAGCAUGAAAAUUUUCGAGAAAAUUGUGAAGAUACAGUAGAAUAGAGGUUCAAUUCCUUAACAUGUUAAUCUGUUUUUAAAAUGAAUUUAUCUGCCAAAUAUUUAAAUUAAAGUCCAAGUUGGUGUUGAAAUGUGAGAAUCAAGUGGUUCAAUGAUGGAAUGGAUUAAUAAAUUGGUCUUUAAUUAUUGUUAAAACUGUUAAAAACCUCUUUUGAAUCAAUUGAACCAAAUAUCAAUGAAAUUUGAAAUUUAUGAAUUUAAAAUUAGAGGUUAGUUCAGACAAGAUCAGAUUUGGUAUAAUAGAUUCUUAAACUAGAUCGCAGUACCUCUAUCUUAUUAAAUUUCUUGAUAAUUCACAAUUAUUCAUAGAUAUUAAAAGUCAGACACCAUCAAAAGAAUUAGAAUCAAUUUCUUUGAUAAAAAUAAAGAAUUUUUGGGAUUUUUUGACAGUGCCUGACUCUUAACAUUCGCGUAGGAUGUAAAGCUAAACCCCAGUUUCAAGAACAAACUUUAAAACCACACCAUUUCCACUAAGAAACAUUCUAUACGCCGUCAUUUGUAAAUAUGAAGAAAAAGAAGAUGUAAAUUUUAAUUUUUAAAUUAAUUCAAGUAUGAAGCAAGAUAAAUAAAAAAAAAACGAAGAAUAUGUAAGUAAGUAAGUGGUGAGUAAAUGAAUGAUGUAAUGGCACACAUGUUUAUGGUAUUUGAUAGAGAAAAAAAGAUAACAUGGAG